AUGGUUAGUCCACCACCACUUCAGGGGCUUAAAGUCCUUGAAUUUGCAGGUCUAGCACCUGGACCUUUCGCUGGUUUACUUUUAGCAGAUGCUGGCGCUAGGGUUCUUCGGAUUGAUCGUCACACGACUGGUGUUCAAGUGGUGCCGACACCCGACUUGCUUACAAGACAUAAAUCUUCCAUAGCUGUCGAUCUGAAGUCGCCAGAUGGUAUUGGUUUUAUUAAAGAAUUAGCUAAGACGGCUGAUGUAAUAAUCGAUCCGUUCCGCCCAGGUGUGUUGGAAAAGCUUGGCCUUGGCCCGCAGAUUCUGUGUGCCGCGAAUCCCCGCCUGAUUUACGGUCGUCUAACGGGAUUUCGUCGCGACGGCAAGUAUGCCCAGAUGGCUGGUCAUGAUAUAAACUACCUCGCUGUAGCUGGAGUGCUUUCUCUACUGGGCCGAAGCGGGGAGAAGCCGCAUCCACCCCAAAACAUCCUAGCAGACUUCGCUGGCGGAGGAGCUACAUUGUUUCAAGGUGUUUUACUCGCUGUCAUAGCUAGAGAGAGAACAGGAAUGGGGCAAAUCGUUGAGGCAAACAUGGUAGAUGGCACUAGCUAUCUGACGACCUUCACUCGACAAUCACUAAAGUUACCACUCGGCAGUCUUCCACGUGGCGAGAACGUGCUUGAUGGGGGAUGUCCAUAUUACGAUACAUAUGAAACGAAGGAUGGGAAAUACAUGGCAGUAGGGGCUUUAGAGCCGCAUUUCUACGCCACCUUCAUCAAAGGUCUAGGCUUAAGCAACCAAAACUGGGAGAAGCGACAUUCCGACCGAGAGUCUUGGCCGGAAAUGAAACGGCAGUUUGAAACAAUCUUCAAGUCGAAAACACGCUCGGAAUGGGAGAAGAUCUUCGAUGGCACCGAUGCUUGCUGUACUCCCGUGCUAGAGUAUUCUGAACUAGAAACGGACGCCAAUCGCGAGGGUGAUCAACGCCCAGCGGUGGCGUUACGCGAAACGCCUUGCCUGGCUGUUAGCGAGAAAGCUACGGAUCCGAGUAUUCAUGGUCAGGGUCCUGGAAUUUCCGGCGGUAGCUACAUUGGCAAAUAUCUCACCCCAGGCCAGGGGGGUGAAGAAGCCCUAAAAAACUGGUUCGGAUGGAAGAAAGGAGAGGACUUCGACAUUAAAGAUGACAGCGUCAUAUUAACCCCUAAAUCUAAGCUAUAA